AAGAGGGCGAAAGGGGGAUCUGAUUUAUCAACAAAUCUUUGUUUUUUUGACGUUUCUAAUAUUUUGUCAAACAUAACCUAGUUUCUUAUAUUUUAAAACUAAACAAUUAUUUUCAUUCUUUAUUUGUAAUAUACAUUAAUCAGUUUGGAAAUAUUAGUUUUAUUUUUCUCAUUUAUUUGGAUCAUGACUUUUUAUAUUUUUACGGUAUUUUAUCUACUAGUCUCGGCGUGUUUUAUUUAUCCACCAAUUGAAUUUUCAUCAGCUGGAAUAACAAUAAAGGAUAUUUUUUCCAGUUGGUUAGGCAAUGAAAAUGAAUUUUUCGUGCAAUAUCAUAUAAAAAGAAGCAUAGCAACGUUAUUUGUUCAUUCCAUGCUACCGUUUGGAUACCUACUGGGACUAGUUCUUUUCGGAAAUGUGGAAGUAGCGCAAAUAUUCCUUGGAAAAGAAAAUCUUCUUUGGCCAACGUUAGCAGCAUGCUCUUUAAUAGGUCCAAUUUACGCUCUAUUUAAAGUUAUUGUUUGGUCGAAAAAUAAUUGGUCUACACAUCCAAUUGCUGAAUGUCUAGCAGUUUAUUGCAAUAAUAAUACAAAUUGGAUGUCUGUCGCAUCGGAUAUUAACAUCGAAUACAGAAGAAUAGACAAAAUAGUGAUUGAUACAAAUAGUGUUACGCGAAUUGUCGCAACUGACAAUUGGAUUAUAAAAAUUUCGCCGUAUAAAUUGCAAAUUGCACAUCAAAGUGAUACAGCUUUAAUUGUUAAUAAAAGUGAUACGCACGUUAUGUCACCAACGACUAGAGGCGAAGUACAAUUUGUUAAUAUUGAGGUAAAACCGACAAGAAAUGGGGCUCAGUCUUUCAAUAUACGAUUAAAUGCUUUGGACUUCAAGGACUUGCAAGAUAAAGUCUUGAGGCCAAUUACUGUUUUGGAAAAUGUUACGUUUCACAGAACAGUUUUAGAUAGGUUUAUCGACACUUUUAAAGAGGAAGUUUCGAAGAAUCCCUUCUACGAAACAAAUCAGGAAUUGGAGCAAUGCAUUGGUUGUAUGCAAACAACUUCAAAUGUAAAACUCAAUAAAUCGUGUAAUAUUAGUGAAGAAUUUGGUCCUGACGUGUGUGUCACUUGUUACUGUCGACCAAUGUGGUGCAUAGAAUGCAUGGCAAAAUGGUUUGCUUCAAGACAAAAUGAAAAUGCAACAGAAACGUGGUUAUCCUCAAAAUGUACAUGUCCAGUGUGUCGAGCGAAAUUCUGCCUUCUUGACGUGUGUUUAGUUAGAACAAGUAAUUCAUAAAAUAGGUAUGAUUUCAAACAUUUUUAAAAAUUUUUUUAAAAUUUUAAAACAGUUUUUUAAAAAAAGCGCACCGCAAAAAGUCAUUGAAAGAGAUAUUUUUUAAUAAAAAAAUUAAUAAGGGCAUUUUUAUAAAAAUAUCGUUCUCCAUUUUAUUGUGAUUUUAUUUCCAAUAUUAAUAAUUUAAAAAGUGAAAAUUUAAAGAAUAUAAAUAUAAAAGAUUUUUAAAUAUUUUAAAUAUCUUUUGUUUCACUUUGUUGACUGUUUCACUAAUAUAAUAAAUAAAAUACUUAAAUUUAUUUUGAGUAUAACUUACAUUCUAGGUCUGUAAAUAUUUGUGAAAAAUAAUAUUUCAAAAAUGUAGAAAUUUACAUAAUUUA